GCAUGAAGUCUCGCGCGUGCAUGCGUAUAUACGAUGAGAUUUACUCCACUAAUGGAUGUUCAAUAUAUUUAAAUUUUACAAUAUUAAAAUAUCGCUAAAAUGUUUACUACAAUCACUAGAAAUUUUUGAAUCUAUGAUUUUUGCAAGGUGACGAAAAAUUGUGCUUAGUUGAAUUGCGUCGCAUCAUAGUCAAUGACGUGGUAAAUAUAAGUUAGGUUAUGAGCGCCGUAAGGAUUGUUACUGAAAUCUUACCGGGAAGUUAUCAGUGAAGUAGUUUAAUAACUCGUCGUUGGAAUUAAUUAUAAAUAAUGUUUGAAAUCACAGACACGCAGAAAAUUGGAGUGGGACUUGCUGGAUUUGGGAUAUCUUUCCUCUUCCUUGGAGUUUUGCUGCUUUUUGAUAAGGGUUUGCUCGCUAUUGGAAACAUUCUAUUUAUAUCUGGAUUAGCGUGCGUUAUAGGACCAAGAAGAACCCUCAACUUCUUUUUCCAAAGACAUAAGAUAAAAGCCAGCAUUUCAUUUUUAGGUGGAGUUAUAGUGGUUCUUAUGGGAUGGCCUAUUGUAGGCAUAAUUAUAGAAACAUAUGGUUUUGUGUUAUUAUUUAGUGGUUUUUUGCCAGUAGCAAUCAAUUUUUUACGAAGGGUACCUCUUUUGGGUACCAUUCUAAACAUGCCAGGUCUGAGUCGAAUUCUAGACAUGAUCGCAGGAGAUUCCAACAGGACAACCGUAUGAUGUGUUCCUUAACAUUAUCGCUCAAACAAUGAAGAAAAAGGAACAGUUCCAGACUAUUCCGGCGAAUGUGAACGGUGACGAAUAAUUCUACCCAUCGACGGUCGAUUUAUAUAACAUCUGACUCAAAGACGAGCAAAAUACUUAUCUAGACACAAAAUUUCGAAUAAUUAACAAAAGAUAAACAAUUCUUGCUCCUUUAAUCGUUGCUACUUGCACAAAAUUCUGUCAGACUUGAGACUGACCGAAUACGACAUACGGAAGGACCUUUUAUUUCUACGAAACAGUCGUGGAUCCAGAGGAUUAAUUAUUUGUAUAAAAUAAUGUGAACUUUAUAUACUAUCGGAUAAAAAUAUUAAUAAAUAAAUUUUAAUGUACUUUUAUGAUUUAUACGAAUUAAAAUAGGUUUGGUUGUGAAAGGAAUACCACAUGUAUGAAAUUUUAUAUCACUUUAUUGAUUCUGCUGUUUUCUUUGCAUGCAUCCUAACAUGAACAGAUCAGAUGCAUACACUCGGAGUAACGCUUCUCAUUAUCUUACACGUAGCUGUCAGUAGUGCGAAAUUAAAUUACUGUUCACAGAACCUCGAUGAACUUCACUGAUAUCAUGAUCGUUUAUUAAAUAUCUACAACGGGCCGAGAAUAAGGGCGGGGGCGGCCCAAGUCUACGCGCCCCGCCAUCGCCGUAAUGUUAUUUCGUCGCACGUCCUUCUCUCGUUCAAUUGUAUGUAUACGCUUGUAUUUUUUAGAUAAUUAUUUUCACUACAUAGCGUCUCAACCAUCGUCUACAUAGUCACAUGUAUCAAACAUUUCAUAUACCCAUCAUGUUGUUAAUUUCAUACUCAUAAAUUUUUAGAUACAUAUAAAUAUAUCUUAUUCAACCCUCUUUUCCUAUGAAGACGGAAUAUGAAAAUAACACAUGUGAGCCACUGCAGCAAAAUACUGAAUCCGGCAAUAAAUUAAACGAAUUCUCUUCUACAGUCAAGAUACAUAUUCUGCCGAGUUUUGUGUAUUUCACGAGUUACUGCCGAAAUACCUCAGUUUGAGCUGUUUCUGAAUUUUUCGACAGUAUGUGUACUGUUUCAGUCUAGAAAUCACUCGGUUUGAGAACUGCUUUCAAAUCAGAUGGUGAGG